CGCACUGUGCUCAGCCGGACUCUCCGCUCUCUCUCUCUGCGCAGCUGCUACACCGGUCUGCAGACAUGGCGAACGUCGCAGACACUAAACUCUACGACAUCCUCGGAGUAUCUCCGUCAGCCACCGAGAACGAGCUCAAAAAGGCAUACCGGAAAUUAGCAAAAGAGUACCACCCCGAUAAAAAUCCUAAUGCAGGUGACAAGUUUAAGGAGAUCAGUUUUGCAUACGAGGUACUGACUAACCCGGAGAAGAAGGACUUGUAUGACCGGUAUGGGGAACAGGGCUUGCGUGAGGGUGGCGGUGGAGGAGCCGGAAUGGAGGACAUCUUCUCUCACAUCUUUGGCGGAGGUCUGUUCGGCUUUAUGGGCAGCCAGAGCAGCAGGAGCCGGAACGGUGGCCGACGGAGAGGGGAGGACAUGAUACAUCCACUGAAAGGUGGCAUAAAUGCAUUUACACAGCAAAAACAGUAUUCUUUGAUGCAAUGGGCUGAGUCUGUGUGCACCGACUGCAAUGGAGAGGGGGAAGUGAUCCAUGAGAAAGACCGCUGUAAAGAGUGUGAGGGCCGUAAAGUGUGUAAAGAGGUGAAGGUCUUGGAAGUGCAUGUGGAUAAAGGAAUGAAACACGGACAGAAGAUCACAUUCAGCGGAGAGGCGGACCAGUCGCCCAACACAGAGCCUGGAGACAUUAUACUGGUGCUGCAGGAGAAAGAUCAUGAGGAGUUCCGUCGUGAUGGAAAUGAUCUGCACAUGUCCCACAGGAUUGGUCUGGUGGAGGCGCUGUGCGGAUUUCAGUUCAUGCUCACGCACCUUGACGGACGACAUCUCGUCAUCAAAUAUCCCCCUGGCAAAGUCAUAGAGCCAGGUUCUAUAAGGGUCAUCCGAGGGGAAGGAAUGCCUCAGUACAGAAACCCCUUUGAGAAAGGAGAUCUGUACAUCAAGUUUGACGUCAAGUUUCCUGAGAAUGGCUGGAUCAGCACAGAGAAACUAACGGAGUUGGAGGAUCUGUUGCCGUCGCGUACAGAGGUUCCUGUCAUCUCAGCUGAUGCGGAGGAAGUUGAUCUGCAGGACUUUGACAUCAGCCAGGGAUCAUCUGGUGGUCACCGCCGUGAAGCAUACAACGACAGCUCCGACGAAGAAGGUGGUCCGCAUGGUCCGGGGGUGCAGUGCGCCCACCAGUAGUCCCAGAUUUCUUUGCAAGUUUUUUGGGGAAGUAUUACAAUUCCCUUUUGUCGGACAGAUUCAAUCUCCGCCCUCCACGUUCUUCAUAUAGUGAACCGAACACACACACUUGCAGUAUAUAUAGACAUACACUUACAUUUAUUUACUGCAAUCUUACCUACAAAUACACUCACUCAUGCACUGUUUUAAAAGAAAAGACAAGCAUAACUAAAGGCAAAGCAAAAUAAUUUAAUUUAUUCAUAACUACUUCAUUUCCAUUGUAGACUUUCACAGUAUAUAUGCUCUCUGAAUAUAUAAAUAUCGGUCUGUGGGGAGACAGACUGUGUUGUUUAAGUUAUAAUUAACACACGCACGCACAAAGUUGUUAAAGACUGAGGCAUUGUGGAGCUUCCUGGAGUUCAAUAAAAUGUUCAAACGUGUUUCAUUAUAUACUUGCCAGUUAUUCAGGCACUGUCAGUCAUCUUGUACUGUUGUGCUGGUUUAUAUUCAAUGGCAGGACAGAAUAGCAUGCAUGUGGGCGACACACUCUCUACUGAGAUUAAUACAAAGCAAACCAAACCCAGAAGUGUUUUAAUGUGCUUACUGUCUAUGAUAAAGGUAUAGGAGUCAUGCAACUUAAUAUUUGCCAAAGAAACACCACAGUCUUCUUAAAAGAUCAGCAGCCAAUGUGUGCAUGCAUUGUAAGCACUAUUAUAAACCUAUAGGGGGCGGCAUUUAUCAUUGGCAACUGGGGAAGUGUUUGAAACGCGAAUACAAGUUGCUAUCAUUCAAACACAGCUACUUUUGUGCUCAUACAUCAAUAAAGUGGAUGAAUGUUU